GAAAUAAACUAGGCGGUAGAAAAUUAUUAAGAUCUGAUUUUUACUUUAAAAUGGCCCUAAAAAGUAUAUCUUCAAUGUUAAAUAAGAAACCGAUAUUGUAUUUAGAUAUAAUUCGUAAAGCUACAACUAGUACACAGGAACCAGCCAGAAUAGAAAAAACAAUAAAUUCAGUUCAAUUGCUUGGUAGAGUAGGGGCAGAUCCUCAGAAAAAAGGUACAGAAGAACAUCCGAUUGCAGUUUUUUCUUUAGCAACACAUACUAAUUAUAGAUACGAAUCCGGCGAAUUUAUGCAAAGGACUGAAUGGCAUAGAAUAGUUUGUUUUAAACCAGGUCUUCGAGAAACUAUACUCAAUUACCUAAAGAAAGGUCAGAGAGUUCACGUUAAUGGUAGAAUUACUUAUGGAGAAGUCCGCGGUGAAGAUGGAAAACCGAGAACAACAACAGCUAUAGCAGCUGAUGAUGUUAUUUUCUUUAAUUCACAACAAUAAAAAUAUUUUUAGAAAUUGGUUUCUUUAUAAAUAAAUGAUUAUUUUAAUUAAAAUAU